UCCUACCAACAUCCUCCAAUUAUUCACCUUGGCAUUCGAUAUUCGUAGCUAACUCUAAGGUUCGCUGCAAGUGAGAUCCUAUUCGGCGUUCGGGGGACCCCUAGACCGGGGUAGACCCACUAAUUGAUACUGCCUACUUCCACCGCUAAAAUUUUUUGAACUUUCUUCUCUCUAAGCGUGGGGCCGAUUCAAAUAUCUUCAACUUACCAAAUAAAUAAUUUAUUGCCAACGACUCCUGCAAUGUCAAAAGCAAAGGGGCGUGCGCAGCAAUUUGCCGAAUUGGUAGAGCGUCCAGUAAAGGAUUUCGAUCCGGAAGCAGAAGUACCACAGGAAGACGACGCCAGCGACAGCGAAGAGAGCGUAAAUGAAAAUGCGGGAACAGAGCACUAUGUGUCCGUGGGCAAGAGCAAACUUCGUCGCAAAAAUCCAGUAUCCCUAGGACCCCAAUACAGAGGUGCCCCCGUGAGUCGCGCGGCCCUAGAAGACGAUGAUGACGACGAGGGAAGCGAUGUCAUUAAAUCUCCAUCAGAUUAUAAAGAUGCGCCUCAAGACAUAGACGACGAGAGCGGAUCGGAAGAAUUCGAUGACCCCGACGAGGCGGACCUCGAAGCCGACCAGGACGACGAAGAUGUGGAAAUUGAUAGCGAUAAUGCCUUCAACGAGAGCGACGAAGAAAAGUUCAAGGCUUUUGUCUUCAGGGGAAGCUCGCAGUCUAUUCCCCGGAAAGGCAAAAGAGUGACGAGACCUACUGCUGCUGACUACAUGGUAUCCGAUGAAGACAACAGUGCUAGUGAAGGAGCAGAGCUUAACGAAGAGGAAGUCUCGGACGAAGACGAAGACAUCUCCGACGACGAAAAAAUCAAUGGUUUUGUAGACGAUGAAGCUGAAGAAGAUGAAGAUGAGGAAGACGACAUCGAUGAAGAUGUGGAUGAUGCAAGUGGUACAGGGAGCGACGAGGACAGGUCGGACGAGGAAGAGGGCGAUAUAAGAAAGGCCCCGGUAGUCAACGGUGCGGACCGUACAACAAUACAAGAGAUGAUGAAUGCUGGUCAGCGCGCCGUAGCCAGCACCUUAUCAACUGCUGCGCAAAAGGAUGUCGCUAAAGGGAAAGCUGUUCAACGGCAACGAAAGGCUUUCGAUGCGCUUCUCAACGUUCGCAUUCGAUUACAGAAAUCUCUCGUCGCAGUGAACUCGUUCAACGCCGUUGAGGAUCUAGGAGAUCAAUCGGAACCUUACGAAGCAGCUGAAGCGGCUGCGCUCAAAUUAUGGAAUGCCAUUGAUGGUUUCCGCGCGAGUAUUCAGUCUGAUCCAUCUGAGAAGACGGGGCAAAAACGCAAACGCGCUGCUGAUAUAGGUACAUCAAGUCAUGACAUAUGGCAAAAUAUGGAGGCUGUUGAACAGAGGGCGCUCGUUCGUCGCAGAGCCGUUCUAGAGAAAUGGUCGAACAGCGCAAGAAAUAUAAGGAUGGUGGAUAGGUCAUCUCGCAAAUUCACCAACACGGUAGAGAAACCUCUCACUAAGAGACUGGACGAAGAGCUCGAUAUACCGGAUCGACUCAUCAAGCGGACACGGACCCCGCGUUCAUGCGCGCCAGCUCAAGUUGCGCGAAAAGUCAAUGAAGAUCCUAACAUCUAUGACGAUGCCGAUUUCUACCAACUAUUACUUAAGGAGCUCGUCGAUCAGCGAACAGGAGACACGUCGGGAGCCCCAGGCGGUCCUGCGGCGACAAUCCGGUUCGCCGCUGUCAAGGAGGCGAAGGCAAAGCGGCAUGUAGAUACUAAGGCAAGCAAAGGCCGAAAGAUGCGCUUCAACGUCCACGAUAAGCUUCAAAAUUUUAUGGCACCAGAAGAUCGCCGAAGCUGGGAGCAGAGCGCUAUCGACCGGUUCUUUGGAACCCUGUUCGGCCAGAAAAUGGUGCUCAACGAAGACGAAGAUGAUAACAAAGAGGCUUCCGACGAAGAAAUGGGCGGCGCAACGAUUGUAGAUGGAGGCAUUCGACUAUUUAGGGACUAAUUAAGAAAAUCAUAAUUUUCGCUGUCUAAUAUGUUUACAGCUAACUGGGUAUCCGUUAAGACACCUUUGCUCGUGAGUGCCGCGAAUAGAGAAAUGAUUUUCGAGAUUUCGUAU